AUGGAAUCUACUGAGCUACAAGACAUAGAUUUCUUUAGCUCCUUUUCCGGGCACACAAGCCCAACUUUCUUCACUCCAACCACAAGCUCGCUCCGACCCGACUCCGUAUCCGAAGACAUGGAUUCACAUAACUUGGACGAAGAAGACGAGUACGUCGCCGACUUGACUCGCCAGAUGACUAACUAUAUGCUUCACGACGAUGAAAAGCAUCAAAAGUCAUAUGGUGGUGGCUCUGGCUCGCCGCAAUCGACUCUUUGGUCACCUUUCGCUUCCGGUUACAGUAGCCCAAUCGGCCCUUCCCGUGAACCAUCGCCUCCUCCUACUCCGGCGAUGGCGGUGGAGACGAAGCCUAUUAUGAUCCCUUUUCAGUCAAAACAAGCUCUCAUCGAUGACCAGAUCCGAUCUGUUCAAGCUAACUUCCAUAAGAUCAAAAUGGAGAAAGAGAAGCAACGAAACGAUGACGUAUUGAGGCACAAAGCAAGGAACUACCACCACCAGCAGCAGAGACCCAGGUCGGGGGUUAAGGCGGUGUUCGUUGACGGGUCGGGUUCGAGAACCGGAUCGGGUGGAACCGGAGUGUUCUUGCCACGUGGUCAUGGGACUGUUGAGGAGUCACGCAAAAAAUCAGGGUGUUCAACAGUUAUAAUACCAGCAAGAGUGGUUGAAGCCUUGAAAGUUCACUUUGACAAAUUGGGUGUUCCUUCUACAUUCUCUUCUGAUAUCCCUCCUUUUCAUGAUGCUUUGUUGGUGUCCAUGAAGAACAAAAACAACAAAGGGAACAAAAGUAGUUCAUCAACUCGGGCUAAAAGUGGACCACCAUACAUGGUGGAGACGUCCGCCGAGAGCCACGAAGAACCACCGGCGGAUUUGCCACAUGAAUGGACGUACUGA